CUGCCCCGGCUCCCCGCCCGCCUGCCAGGCGCGGCGCGGCGCGGCCCGGGACUCUCCGCCUUUCCGCGGCUCGGCGUCCCCCCUCCGGCGAGAUGUUAUGGCCGAGCCGGCGCAGAAGGGCGGCGUAGGGCAGGGCGGGCGGCGGGAGGAUGAGGCGGCGGCGGCCGCCCCCAGCUACGAGGACUACGAGUGCAAGAUCUGCUACAACUAUUUCGACCUGGAGCGGCGGGCGCCCAAGCUGCUGGAGUGCCUGCACACCUUCUGCCAGGAGUGCCUGAGCCAGCUGCACCUGCGCGCCGCCCAGCAGCCCCCCGCCGCCGAGCCGGGGCCCGGGCCCGCCCGCCCGCCCGGCGGCUCGCUGGCCUGCCCGCUCUGCCGCCACCGCACGGCGCUGCCCGACCACCGCGUCCACGGCCUCCCCGUCAACACCAAGCUGGCCGCCGCCUGCCCGCCGCAGCUGCGGGCCCGCGACCCGCUACCCCAGGACAGCCUGCCGCCGCUGCCGCCCCGCCGCCCGCCCCGCGCCCGGGAGGCGGCGGCCGCCCUCGCCCCGCCGCCCGCCGGCCCCGCCGGCCGCGCCGGGCCGCGCUCCUCGGGCGGCGGCUACGAGAGCUGCCAGAGCUGCAAGCGGGCGGCGCUGAGCGCCGGCUGCGUGUGCGUCGUCGUCUCCUUCCUCUCCAUGGUGGUGCUGCUCUUCACCGGCCUCAUCUUCGUCAACCAGUACGGCGGCGACGCCGGGCCCGGCGCCUCGGCCUCGCCGUCGCCGGUGGGGCCCAUCUGCCUGUCGGUGGCCAGCAUCCUCGCCCUCUUCUCUGUCGUCGUCACAUGGCUCAUCUGCUGGCUCAAGUACCGGCCCGAGGCGGCGGCGGCGACCGCCAACGGCACCCCGCGGGGCCGGGCGGCGGCCGCCCGCAGGAGCGACACGUAGCGCCGGCGGGCGCCGAGGGGCCGGGCUCGGCAGGGCGGCGGCCGCAACGGCGGGCGGCCGCGACCCCUGCGCGCAGGCGGCCCCCCCUCCGGUGGCGUUAGCCCCGGCGCAGCCGAGAGGCGGGACGGCAGCUGCGGACGCAGGACGCGGGCGAAGCUGCAGCUCUCCGGGGUGUAACGGGCGCGGAGCCGGCCUGCCGUGGCGGCGGGGGGCGGCAGAGCUCAGGCCCGACGGGUGUCAGGCCCCAGGCCUGCCGGGUGACAGGUGACAGCCCCAGGCCCGCCAGGUUGACCGGGUGUCAAGCCCCAGGCCCGCUGGGUGAGUGCGAGGCCGCAGGCCCGGGCCCCAGCCCUCCCGCGGCGCUGGCACGGCCCGAGGUGGCGUGGCGGGCCCGCGGGGUGGCCCGGCGAGGGGCCGCGGAGGGCCGGGCCGCUGCGCAGGGUGGGAGGGAGGCAGGGCCGGGCAGGGCGCAGGGGUGUCCCGGGGAGCCCCCAGGGGAGCCCCCAGGGGAGCCGGGGCUCCCGGGGUGCCUGUGCCCGCCCCCCUGCCGCUGCCGGCAGCAUGCUCGGCCUGCCGUGCUCCCCGGUGCAGAAGGACACAGUCUCCGUGAAAGAAAACUGGCUUACUGUUGCCCCCGCCUGGAAGAUAAUCGGAGAGAUUCACUGUGGGUAGGAGCAGGACAGGAUCACGAUGUUAAACGCGUUUUGUGUUUUCCGUUUUAUGAAGCGAACAAGUGUGUAUAGAAGAAGCUGUAACAGAAACGUAUUAUCUUAAAGAGACUGAGCCAAAGUUUCCCUACGAUAUAUUGAGUACGGUUUUGUUAUAAUUUUAUUAGAAGGCCAUCGGGCCCUCUGUUGGUUGCUUAAAAUAAGCUUUAUUAUUUAAUUAUUUGAAAUUCUCAUUUAAUGUGGGAGACUGAAACGCUACGUUGCACACUUAAAACAAUUUCUGGAAGAUUAUUUAAUUAAUGGAGCUCUAAAAUAGAGCUGAGAGACUCCUGUGGUAGGGAGUAAUAUUUCACUGGCCAUUAAUUUCAAUUGUUACACAGUGAGAGAAGCCCACAUUAAAAUACGGACUUUCAGCAUCACUGUAAAAGUGGAAUGCAGUAGCAUAAUUUGAAUAUUGAGCAUUUACCUUUGGUCGAGGUAGCUGUAAUAAGGCGGUGGUUUUCCCUCCUGGUAAGUUCUUCUGUGUUAUGAGUUUCUGCAAAGGCCAGUGGAAAAUGUCUUUGUUCUGUGAGGCUGGAACGUCAAAGAUGUCUUUGACAUGUGACAAGAUGCUCAUAAUAUGAAAUGGAAAAACACUGCGAUACAGCUGGUUUUGUAGUAUAUUAAGGAGAGCAUUCUAUAUAGAUACUGUUCUGUGUUGCAGGAUAAUUCAUUUGGUGCCUGAAUUUUUUUAACUUAGUUGUUAUAAUCUAUUCUAUUGGGAAUAAGAUAAUGCUGCUUAUUCCGUGUUUCUACACAGUACUGUAAUGGAAUGAGGUAAUUAUUUUCGUGUUUAACAGUUCAAGAGUUUUUUAAGUGAUCCUUGAGUAUGUGUAUUUUGCAAGCUGUCUGCAUGAUAUUCUGACACAUAUCCUCUUAAUAGACCUUUACUCGACCACUACUAUUUAUCACAAGUGCAAAAGAAUUUACUAUGUAGAAAUGUAAAGGCAGCAGGUGAAGAUGUGAUGUGUUUUAUGACUGCACAAGUGAUGUGUACUGUGCAUUGUCCUGAUUAUCACAAAUGUGUCAAAAACAACCCCCUGACACCCCAAAAAACCCCACAGACCCAAGCGCUAUUUAUAAGACUCUCUUAUGAUGGAUGCAGUUUGUGGAAACAGUAUUAUGAGUUGUGUGUAACUUUACGUCUAUUUAAAAAGAUCUGCACCAGCCUUUUAAAGUCAUAUAUUAUAAUGUAAAGGCCCUGAGGAGAUAAAUUACUGGGAACAACUGUGGCUCUGACCGUGGUUCAUGUAUUUAGAACAGUGUUCUCAAACCUGGGAGUUGCUCGUCAGCUGUGUAAAAGUGUAUGCCUCCUAAAACUAGGCCUGACCGUUAGCCCCUGUUGACUUCAGCAGUAGUUGUGGAUGUUCUGCACCAAAGAAAAUCACGAGACUUUUAUUUAAGCAUCUAAAUGAAAAUUUAGAUGGUUGACUUCAGGUACAAACAUUUGAAAAUUUUGGCCUUAACCUCUCUGUUUGAUAAUAGCGUUGACCUACCUCACAGGCAAGAUGUGAGGCUUUAUUUAUUAAAGUUUUUAAGCAAUUGGAGAUCCUUGAAGAGGAGGUGCUAUAGAGGUGAAAGUAUUGUUAUAAAUGAUACUGUAGUAAGAAUAAAUAUAUGUAAAUUAAUGGACAUAAACAGCAGCAAUGUUUUCUAAGGAAAAUAAAUAUAUAAAAUAUGUACGUGUGUACAUCAUAUGCACCAA